AUGGCCGACACCACGCCGGCACCCCCGCCAUCCGCAUCCGCAUCCGCCGCGCCCAUGGAAGUCGACUCGCCCGCAACCGCAAAGCCGCCCCGCUUCCAGGUGAAAAAGUGGAACAGCGUCUGCCUCUGGAGCUGGGACAUUGUCGUCGACAACUGCGCCAUUUGCAGGAACCACAUCAUGGACCUCUGCAUCGAGUGCCAGGCCAACCAGGGCUCCGCCACCACAGAAGAGUGCACCGUCGCAUGGGGACAGUGCAACCACGCCUUCCACUUCCACUGCAUCUCGCGCUGGCUCAAGACGCGCCAGGUCUGCCCGCUCGAUAACCGAGAGUGGGAGCUGCAAAAGUACGGUCGUUGA